AUGCCUCUUUGCACGCUGCACUUAUUGGCGCUCCAUGCCGCAACACCAAACUCUGUCCUGGCAUUUCUUUCCACGCUCAAAGCAACCGACGUCUCGCCACUAGUCGUAUCCCGUGUCGUUCGCUGGAUAAUUCUCCCAUCCAAGCUCUCAACCGAACACCUCCUCGCUCGGAACAUCCACUGGGACCUCCUCCUCAUCUUGCCCUCCACGGAAAUUCUGCCAUCAAAUCUCGCCAACCUCAUCGAGCAUCACUGGAGCGUAACAGCCGGUGUACCCUCACGCCUAAUCAACGAUUUCGCCUCAAAGAACAGCAAGCUUCUACAUCCAAAUCCCCAUACUGUACCUGCGCUCCAACAAAAUGCCAAAGAGAAAACGACGCAAUCGAGUCAAAGCCUGGAAUUGAGCGACGAGUUGAACACGUGGAUUCAAUCUUUCAUCAACAGCGGUUCUCAAGAAGCAAAAGGCGCGGUAUCAAUGUUCAAUCUACUUGCUUUCAAUUCUGGUAUGAAACAAGAGUAUCUCAAGUACGGUACUGCGUUUGCACGUUCCAUUGGCUCGAGGCAUGGCGGUAACGCUAAAAUUGUCGGAAAUGUCACACACGUCAAUGGCGAAGCCGUUAACAGAACGUCCACAAGUCCUACCGGCAACGAUGAUUGGGAUGAGAUUGCACUGGCGCAUUAUCCCAGUAUACUGCAUUUUAGGGAUAUGCUGGUUAGUGAGGAGUAUCAGGCGGUUAACAAGAGACAUCGUGUGCCGAGUUUGAAGGAUACGUGUAUUUUGAUGACGAGUGAGAUUGCGGUAGAGGAGAUGUUGGAAGAGGGUGUGAGAAAGGCGAGGUUGUAG